GAACACAAAGGCUUCGGUUUUGUUUCAAAAUCAUUUGCGGUAUAUAUUCAACGACAAAUCGUUCAUAAAAGUGAAUCGUAACGCUUUCCAAAGAUCAGAACAAAAUUCAGUUUGCCUAAUAUACGCAAGGGCAAUACACGUAGUACUUCUAGGAUAAAUACAAUGUUGAAGUGUGCUGCAGCCUGUAGCCUGCAACAUUCGAUUAGUCCGUCAUCCGCGGAGUAACCAUCACCUCUCCGACUUUAUAAACAAGUGUACAUCUAGUUUUGUGUGGGAGGUUUAUACAGAAGUAUGUGGUGGUUUGGGUUCUCAGUCAUGCCCCAGCUGAGACCGUGAGCGGAGCCUCAGUACCCUGCCCUGGGCCCAGGCCUGCGUUGGCACCGGCCCAACCAGCCAUGUCCAGCUCAGGAUACCCCCCCAGCCAGGGGGCCUUCAGCAGCGAGCAGAGCCGCUACCCUCCACACUCUGUCCAGUACACCUUCAGCACAGCACGUCAUCAGCCGGAAUUCACCGUCCCAGACUACCGGACACACAUUCAGGAUCAGCAGCAAGGUCGACGCAGGCCCUCUCUGCUCUCAGAGUUCCACCCAGGCACUGAGAGGCCCCCUGAGAGGCGCCAUGGCUAUGAGCCGUCGUUUGUGUCGUCCGUCAGCGCGCAGGUGGAGCAUGAGGCCCUGGACGCCAAGCGGCCGCGUCUGGACGGGGCGUCCGAAGGCCACUUCCCCCGCGCCUCACCAGGAGCCAUCGUCCUGCCCCUGCCGCACGUCAUGCAGGACGGACUCAGGCCCCUCGCCGGAGACAUCAAAAAGGAGACGCAGUUGAAUGUCAAGGCAGAGGCGUCAUCCCCGGGGGGAGCAGGGCAGCAGGCGGCGGAGGAGCAGGAUGCAUCUCCCUCCAAGCUGUCCAAGGAGGAGCUGAUCCAGAGCAUGGACCGUGUGGACCGGGAGAUCGCCAAGGUGGAGCAGCAGAUCUUCAAGCUCAAAAAGAAACAGCAACAACUGGAGCAGGAAGCUGCCAAGCCAGUGGAGCCGGAAAAGCCAGUGUCCCCCACGCCCGUGGAGCACAAACACCGUAGCAUCGUCCAGAUCAUCUACGAUGAGAAUCGGAAAAAAGCAGAGGAGGCCCACAAGAUAUUAGAAGGCCUCGGUCCCAAGGUAGAGCUGCCCCUAUACAACCAGCCAUCAGAUACUAAAGUUUACCACGACAACAUAAAGACUAACCAACUGAUGAGAAAGAAGCUCAUACUGUUUUUCAAGAGGAGAAACCAUGCUCGUAAACAAAGGGAACAGAAGAUCUGCCAGCGCUAUGAUCAGUUGAUGGAGGCCUGGGAGAAGAAGGUGGAGCGCAUGGAGAACAACCCGCGCCGCAAGGCCAAGGAGAGCCGCACACGGGAGUACUAUGAGAGGCAGUUCCCCGAGAUACGCAAGCAGCGGGAGCAGCAGGAGCGCUUUCAGCGGGUGGGCCAAAGAGGAACGGGUCUCUCGGCGACUAUUGCGAGAAGUGAGCAUGAGAUCUCGGAGAUCAUCGAUGGUCUAUCGGAACAGGAGAACAAUGAGAAGCAGAUGCGUCAGCUGUCUGUCAUCCCACCCAUGAUGUACGACUCGGAGCAGCGCCGCGUCAAGUUCAUCAACAUGAAUGGCCUGAUGGAGGACCCCAUGAUCGUCUACAAGUCGCGGCAGUUCAUGAACGUCUGGACAGAACACGAGAAGGAGAUAUUCAAGGAUAAGUUUGUGCAGCACCCAAAGAACUUUGGCCUUAUUGCUUCCUAUCUGGAAAGAAAGUGUGUGGCAGACUGUGUGCUUUACUAUUACUUGACCAAGAAGAACCAGAACUACAAGACUCUGGUGAGGCGCAACCACAGGCGGCGUGGCAGGAAUCAGAUAACGAGGCCCUCGCAAGAAGACAAAUCGGACGAUAAGAACGAAGAGGACAAAUCGGAGAACUCUGAGAAAAAAGAAGAGGAGGAGAGAAAGGAAGAGGAGGAGAAAGAUGAAAAGGAGGAAUCCAAGGACCUUGGCAAAGACAAAGACAAGUGUGACGGCGGGGAGGACGAGGACGGCAAGGAGCAGAACACACCGCGCGGCCGCAAGACGGCCAACAGCCAAGGGCGCCGCAAGGGCAGGAUCACCACGCGGUCAAUGACGACGACCAACGAGACCACCGUCGGAGGGGCCGAGGAAGUGCCCCCACCCCCUCCUGAGCCAAGUUUGCCUGAGCCAGUCCAGCCUCCCAAACCUGAGCUUGGUCCGAAGCCACCACGGGAACCUGCCAAGUCCACCACUCCAGUGCCCAUGGAUAGAGUCUCUCUCUGGCUGACGCUGACUGCUGCUUCUGCUCUCGGUGAUUCUGCAGGAGCUGUCGAGAGCGGGGAGACGUCUCGCUGGACCGAGGAGGAGAUGGAAAUAGCCAAAAAAGGUUUGGUUGAGCACGGCCGAAACUGGUCGGCUAUCGCCAAAAUGGUGGGCACCAAGAGCGAGGCUCAGUGCAAGAACUUCUACUUCAACUACAAGAGAAGGCACAACCUGGAGGAGCUGCUUCAGCAGCACAAGCAGGUGAGAAAGGAGGCGAGGCGGGCCCGGGCGGAACGGGACGUGUCUCAGAGCGAGAGUCUAGCCUCCACUGCCUCCGCCGCCGAUGAUGACUACGAGGACGACAACCCAGAAGACAGUGACGGCCCAGACAACAGCUCCGACACAGAAAGCGCUCCCUCCCCGUCUCAGCCCGAGCCCAAAGCCGACGGCAUCAGAAUGGCGGCCCACAGGGACGAGGACUCGGCCGGAGCUGCAUCCACCUCUGCAGCCGAUCACGACAGCGCCAAGGGUGGCCAGGACGGCCCGUUGGACGAGCUGCGGGUGAAAAUGGAGAAGAGUCCAGAGGAGGGCGGUGGCAUUGCUCCCGGUUCUGGUGAGCCGGGCUCAUUGCUGGAUGACCGUGCCCGUGCAGCAGCAGGCAUGGGCGGUUGCUACGACAGCCAGGUGCGCACCAAGAGCGAACCACAGGACAUGGAGAUGAGCAGCGGGGACGUGCAGGUCAAAAUGGAGCCUGAGGCCAAGCACAGCGAGCAAGCAGUCCACCAGAGGGACAGGGACAGGGAUCGGGAUCACAUGCACUCGGACAACGACUCCAGCGCCACCUGCAGUGCGGACGAGACGGAGACGGAGCCCAGGCUCAGCGGAGACCCCUCAAGGAUGUAUGAGAAGCCAAUGCUGUUCAACCCGGCAGGCUCAGUGCUGGUGCCGCCGGGCAAGCAGGCCCCCCUCAGCAUGAAUGUGCAGCAGCUGCAGGAGCGUGCCGCCGCCAUCCCGGACAUGGUGGGUGCCCUUAACAGCAGCGGAGGCAGAGGCAGCAGCCUGUCAGUGCCCCACUCCCUUGCCAUCGCGUACGCUGAGCGGCUGGGAGGGGCCAGGUUCAGGGGGCAGGGCAUGUCGUAUAUACCGGUAAACCUCCAUCCCCACCAAGUUCCGUUUGCUGCACUGGGCGGCUUGAGCGGCUUCGCCAUGUUCCAGCAGCAGAUAAAGGCUGUGCACGAGUCGGCCCACCAAGAGGACAAGCAGCGGCAGGACCAGGCCGACAUGGACCGCCGGCCACGCUUCGCCGCACGCAGCCCCACCGUACUCGACCGGGAAGGCAAGCCAUUCUCGUACAUGCCUUACGAAGUGAAGAUGUCUAUGGAUCAGGAGGGCCAUGGCGGUGCGGGGGGACCGGGCAGCACUCCUUACCGCCUCUCCCCCAGGGAGCCGGGCAGCAAGGCCUCGCCACAGCCGGAGUCAGGGCGCUACAGUGUGCCACCUGUUCUCCACCCGGCACCCAAUCAGAUCGUCCAGAACCUCCCGGACGGAGUCCGCAUGGCGUUCCCGCGACACCGGCCGCCCAACAUUCCAUCUCCUCCUCCACUCAUUCCCACCUCCAAGCCCACGGACAAGCACGCCUUCUUCCAGGGGGGUUCCAUAUCCCAGGGAACGCCUGGCACGUACCUCCCUUCUCACAACCACCCAGGUUCCAUAUCCCUGGGACUGCCAAGACAGCAGGACCCUGGCAAGCCAGUGUCCUAUAUAAAGCAGGAGGACUGUUCUCCACGUGGCCAGAGCUCCCAAGGCGAGGGUCUUCACUCUAGAGCUCAGUACGACGGAGUUGUCAGAGGCACCCCGAUGUCAGCCAUUCAGGAUGUCAGUAUGGCAAGAAGUUCCUCUACCAAGCCCACGGAGAGCAUCGCUUACAGAGGAGGCUCCAUCACACAGGGCACACCGGCGUUGCCUCAGACCAGCAUAGCGGCAGACCACCUUCUGAAGAACACCAUCACCAAGCUGGCCACAGAGGAUCUGAGCAGUUCAGAGAAGAGCAGGGCGGAGGCCAUGGCCAAGGGGGGCCACGUCAUCUACGAGGGCAAACAGGGCCACAUCCUCUCCUAUGAUGCCAUUAAGAACCCCAGGGAGGGUACGAGGAGUCCCAGGACGGGCCACGACCUGAAGCGCUCCUAUGAAAUGAUGGAGGGGGCCAGAGCACAUCCCGGGAGGGAUGGCAUACCAUAUGAAGGACUAAUAAGCAGGACCCUUCCCAGAGAUGGGCCUCACCCAGAGUCUAAGGACCGAACAGUGGUCACAGGGUCCAUCAUGCAUGGCACGCCUCGGCCAUCGGUGGAGGCCUAUGAGGAGAGUAUGAAGUACGGCAAGCAGAUCAAGACAGAGAGCCCGCCCAUCCGCACCUUUGAUGGGGGCAUCAGCAAAGGCAAGCCCUACGAGGGGGUGAACACCAUCAAGGAGAUGGGCCGCUCCAUCCACGAGAUCCCCCGCCAGGAGCUGCAGGGCCAGGACAGCCGCAAGACACCCGGCCUGGAGGGGGCCGUCAACCAGCAGUCGGCCAUCAAGCACAAUGUGAAGUCGCUCCUAACCAGCCCCAGCAAGCUGCCCCUGGCACAGCUGGAGGCCAUGGAGAGGGAACGGGAACGAGAGCGAGAGAGGGCCAAGUACGAGGAGGCCAAGUCCUCCAGUGAGCGCGUGCGACACACCGUGGUGGCCAACACAGUGCUGCGAUCCACCCACCAGGAGGGCGGCAAGGCCCAGGUGAGCCCUGUGAUGUUCGAGGAUGCCAACGCCCGCCGCACCCCCGUCUCCUACGGCAGCCCCAUGUCCAGGGCCUCUCCACUGCUUGUCAGGGGACAGGAAGGUAGUAUCUCAUCCGGGAAGCCGGUGUCUCUUGAACGGAAGAGCGCGCUCUCCGCCCCGAGCGGCCUGGACAGUGCUCCCGCCAAGUCUCCUGUGUUGGCCGGCGCCGACCCCAUGGCUGUUGCCUCACACUUCGACCCCCACCACCGCCCUGUCAUGCCCGGAGAGGUGUACCGACCCCCGCACCUGCCCCCCCACCUGGACCCCAACCUUGUUUUCCACCCAGCGUACAUAUUCCCGCGGCAACCAUCUCCCACAGGCUACCACAACACGUACCAGCUGUACACCAUGGAGAACACGAGGCAGACCAUCCUGAACGACUACAUCACCUCGCAGCAGAUGCCCAUGGCACGUGUGGUCUCGCCCCGCGAACACCAGAUCCCUAUAGCAUACCAUCCCGGACCACGAGGUAUAAUUGAUCUAGCCCAGAUGCCCCGAGCUCCUAUCCUGUUGUCUGACCGCCUCACCUACCUCCCUGGAGCUCAGCCCCCUUUCUCUCCUAGUGCUUUCAACCAAGCCUCCAUGCCUGCAGGAGGUGCAGAGCGGGAGAGGGAGCGUGACCGUGAUCGUGAACGUGAACGCGAACGCGAGCAGCGGGAACGAGAGAAAGAACGCGACAAGGAGCAGCGGGAACGCGAGCAGAGGGAGCGGGAGCGGGAGAGGGAGAGAGAACGAGAGCGCUCGGCCACAGCCAACGACUACAUUCGCGGAGGUCCUGAGCGUCCGGGUAGCAGGCCUGGUAGCAAUAGUUACCUGCGCUCCCCUUCGCCCUCCGUGAGGGCCCAAGAGGGGGCCAACCAGCAACGGCCCAGCAUUUUCCAGGGCGGCAAGAGCGUCAUAACCCCCCUCGUCCCCAUGGGUUCGUCUGCAGCCGCUGCCCAGUCUUCUCGCUACAAUACGGCGGCUGGGGCCCUGGCUGCUCUGGUGGACGCGGCUGCCUCCGCCCCUCAGAUGGACGUAGCAGCAGCCAAGAGCACGCGUGAUGAAGACACCGGCCGCUCCUCCUCCGCAGCCUUCGUCGAGCAGCAGGAGGCAGAGCGCCGCUCCAUGCACUCGCCGUACGGGGUCAAGGGCCACCCUGGUGGUGGUUACACUGAGGCAGCAGCAGGGCUGGUGGGCGGCCAGGGCAAGGAGAAAAACCUGCCCACCAAGUCGCGCAUUGAGGAGGAGUUGAGGACACGAGGCAAGACCACCAUCACCGCCGCCAACUUCAUCGACCACAUCAUCACACGCCAGAUCGCCUCCGACAAGGACGCCCGCGAGAGAGGCUCCCAGAGCUCGGACUCCUCUGGCAGCUUGUCCAGUCGGUAUGAUGCCCACUCAGGAGGAGCCAUUGAGGUGAUCAGCCCCGUCAGCUCCCCAGCACAAAGCCAGGAGAAGCCUGAGAGCACCUUCCCAACAGAGAAGCCUCCUCAGCCACCCUCAGGUGGCAUGAGGGCGUAUGAUAUGAGCCGCUACCGGCAGCCCGUCGAGCGCGACCCAGCACCCCCUCCCCAGCAGCAGCCCACCGCCCAGACGCACCGCGUCAUGACCCUGGCAGACCACAUCUCGCAAAUCAUUACGCGGGACUUUGCCCUUAACCAGGAGCGCAGUCCUGCAGCGCCACCCUCCAUUCCCCCGGCCUCUUCAUCCUCCUCAUCCUCCUCCUCAGCGCCAGCCACAUUCCAGGGCGGCUCGGCUCAACAUGUGCCUGGUUCGGGUUCUAGUUCUGGUUCCGGCUCGGGCCGCCCCAAAGUGCCGAGCAACUACAGCCCGCCAGAGAAUGCAUUGCCUAGCAACCCCAACCCCCUUCACCAGCGGCCGGCCAAUCGUGUGUCACCGGAGAACGCUGCCCCCCAAGAAAAGCCCAGAGCCAGGUGGGCCGCCUAUAGCAGGCCAGGUAAAUCCCCAGAGCGAGUAGGCAGGCCACUGGAGGGCUACGAGCCCAUCUCUCCCCCUCAGAGCUACCCAGGCAUGGACAAGCAAGAGGCCUCCGCCAGCCUAAUGCAGAGCCAGAGGAGAGAGCCUGACAUGUCUGAGCAGAGGAUGGACUCGCGCUCUCCUGGCAGCGGCAGCUACCAGCCCUCCUUCUUCGCCAAGCUGGAGAACACUUCCCCCAUGGUGCAAUUCAAGAAGCAGGAGAUCUUUCGCAAGAAGGGCGCUGGGGAUUCUGACGUCGGUACUGCACAACCAGGCACAGAGAUCUUCAACUUGCCCGCAGUAACCAGUUCAAGCACAGUGAACCCCAGGAACCACUCCUUCAGUGACCCAGCCAGCAAUCUGGGUCUGGAAGACAUCAUUCGCAAGGCUCUGAUGAGCAACAUGGAGGAGCGGCCAGAGGAGUCGCCACAGCCACAGCCCCCCCACCCCCGGGCACCCACACCCAGCAACCCCAGCAGCAUGGCACUCAGCGAGGGCCGACAGGAGACCAACCCCUCCCCCAAUAUGGGGAAACAGAAGCUGCCACAGGGGAAGUCUAACAGCAGCAGCAGCCGCAAGUCCAAAUCCCCCAACCCCGGGCAGGCCUUCUCCGGCGGGGAGCGGCCGUCUUCAGUUUCCUCCGUCCACUCUGAGGGAGACUACCACCGCCAGCCCCCCAGCUGGGCCUGGGAGGACCGGCCCUCCUCCACAGGAUCCAUGCAGUUCCCGUACAACCCGCUGACCAUGCGAAUGCUGAGCAGCACACCGCCCACCUCCAUGGCCUCACCCUCCCUGCAGUCCCAGCAGCAGCCACCACAGGCACCCCCGCCCUCGUCUGCUGCGUCCGGGCCCGGUGGAGCAGGAGGAGUUGGUGGUGGUGGUGGAGGUGGUCCCGGGACCCCGGGUAGCCGUGUGUGGGAGCGCGAGCCUCUGCUUUCGGAGCAGUAUGAGACCCUGUCGGAUUGUGAUGACUGAAUGCCUCCGCUGCGCCACUUGCUGCUUUUGCCAGAGACCAACCACGUUAAAAAGCCCCCCCAACACAUGGACAACCCUCACAAUGAACAUAUUUUUGAAUAUGAAAUUAAAAUGAUAUAAAAAGACACCCGGAGACCCCUGGACUUGGCUUGCCCUCGCUUCUGGGGGUGCUGAGGGAACAGCGGCCGCCCCCGUCUCUCCCCUCCCCCCCAACGACUAAGCGAUUCCCUGCGUGGGGUUUCCGACUGGCACGGCCCUGGCCCUGGCUUUGGCCUCUGGCCCUGGCCCUGGCCCACAAUAUUGCCUUGCUCUGAGGUUCUCUGUCUCAGCAGUGAGGCAGAGGAGUGUGGGGAGGGAGCGGCCUGCUUCAUGGCUGGCGGACUGGAUGGCUGGUCGGUUGAUUGGCUGGGGUGGCUCUGCUCUGCUCUGCUGGUGCUCCAGAGCCCCCUGCUGGAACCAGCCAGUUGAAUGAACUUUGGGGCAGCAGAACUCCAGACACCUUGGAAUGUUGCCAUGGUGACAAGUAUGUUUGGAGCGUUUUUCUUUUUUUUCUUUCCUUUUUUUGUCUCUUCAUUUUUUUUCUUCUCUUUUGUUUGUUGUUGUUGUGGAGAGACUUAACCAUGUCACCUGGCCAGGGGAAGAAGGCAGCUUAGACUUGUGUUGACAGAGGUAUUUUUCCUUAUUUUUUUUCCUUUCCUCUUCUCUUUUUAGCUUUUAGUUCAUAUUGCCCAGCCCAGCCUCUCUAUCUUUUGCUGUUUCAAAACAGAAAUCUGAUUUUUCUCUUUUUUUGUAAUUGGUCUGUCCCUUUAGAGACAGAAAUUACCAAACUAAUGGCACCUCUGCACCAUUGUUGCACUUUUUUUGCUUUGUAAGCUUUGACAGACAUAAAGGCAUACUACCUAUUAUAAGUUAUUCAAGCAAACCCCCAGGAUUUUAUUGAGGGGGGAAGCGGAGAGUUCUUAAAUUGAUUUCAUCAAGUCUGUGUCACCCCUCCGGACGUCUGGGUUCCAGUUCAUCUUCUCCGCUCGAUGAUGUCAUCGCAUUCUAUUUCCUUCUUAGAGUAUAGCGCACCUCUGUCAUGCGAGUGGCUUUCAAUACCAUUCUUUUUUUUUGUUUUGUUUUGUUUAAUUUUUUGUUUUUUAGUCUCUUCAUGGCCAGAGGAAAGCUAAUUCUGAUUUGUCAUUUACGUUAAUAAAAACUCAUUGUCUCGCU